UGAGAUUGUAUAUUGGGUUGCCUAGCAGAUAACCCGAAUAUCUGUGCUGAAUUGUCAAAUCCACAUGGAUCGGCCAAGAUCUUAAGAAGUAUUUCUUAAUUUUAGUUAGUUUAAAUUUAAUUGAUUGUAUAAAGAUGGGACUAAUCACUAGUUCGUCGUACCUGGCUGUGUUCACGAGUGGUACAAUUGUUGGUGCGUCGGUAAUGUACAUGUUGAGUCGCUUCACAAGAAAGUCUAAUACAACUCUUGAGAAAAUUAUUAACAUGGAAACAAUACCACUGGAAGAACGUUUUGAUUUUCCUGAGUUAAAAGAUGAAUACCGUCUUGUGAUGGCAAUCCGUAAUGAUCUCAAGAUGCAAAAGGGCAAAGUUGCUGCACAAUGUGGACAUGCAUCAGUUGCUGCAUACAGGAAGGCAAUGGAAACAGAUGUGAAACUAUUAGCAAGUUGGUUACAGUUUGGUGGUACAAAAAUAACUGUAAAAUUGGAGUCUGAAGAGGACUUAUUAAAGUUAGAUGAAGCUGCAAAAGCUGCAGGUGUUUUGUCGUCAAUUGUACGCGACGCUGGACAAACACAAGUUGUACCAGGAAGCCGCACUGUUAUUGCGAUAGGUCCAGCGCCAAAGAGUGUCCUCGAGCCAUUAACAGGACACUUUAAACUUUAUUAACUAAUUUUUAAUAAAGAAUAAUUUAUUGUA